CUGCAGGCUGAAGUGAUAUUUAUCUACCAUUUUGCUAGACGCAGACAUGAAUAACUCGACGAACAUAAGCUAUUUGGAGGAUGUGAUGCCCCUGGGGAGUCCUUAUAAAACGGUUGAGGUAGUAUUCAUCGUCCUAGUGGCUGGCUCCCUCAGUCUCGUGACCAUCAUUGGGAACAUCCUGGUGAUGGUGUCCAUUAAAGUCAACAGGCACCUGCAGACUGUCAACAACUACUUUCUUUUCAGCUUGGCAUGUGCGGACUUGAUCAUCGGUGUCUUUUCCAUGAACCUGUACACACUUUACACUGUGAUUGGCUAUUGGCCACUUGGACCUGUGGUUUGUGACUUGUGGUUGGCGCUUGACUAUGUGGUCAGCAAUGCCUCCGUCAUGAACCUUCUCAUUAUCAGUUUUGACCGAUAUUUUUGUGUCACCAAGCCUCUGACUUACCCUGUCAAGCGGACCACUAAGAUGGCAGGUAUGAUGAUCGCCGCGGCCUGGGUGCUGUCCUUCAUCUUGUGGGCACCCGCAAUUCUUUUUUGGCAGUUCAUUGUAGAGAGGACUGUCCCCGAUGGGGAAUGCUACAUUCAGUUCCUGUCCAAUGCAGCCGUCACCUUUGGCACAGCGAUUGCCGCUUUCUACCUGCCUGUUAUCAUCAUGACUAUCCUUUACUGGCAAAUAUCUCGCGCCAGUAAGAGCAGGAUUAAAAAAGACAAAAAGGGGAGUGGGCAAAACCACGAUCCAGUUUCUCCAAGCUUGGUCCAAGGUAAAAUAGUAAAACCAAAUAACAAUGUUCCAACUAAUGAAGAUGGGGUAGAACAUGGUAAAAUUCAGAAUGGUAAAGCCACUGGGGAAUCAGUGAGAAAUUGUGUUACUGCAGAGGAGAAGGAAAGUUCUAAUGACUCCAGCUCUGUCAGCGCUGUGGCUUCCAAUGUGAAAGAUGAUGAACCCAUCAAAGAGGACACCAGGGCUUCUGUCUCCCAAGUCAAUGCCAAAGUGGAGAACUCCAAAUUGACAUGUAUUAGGAUACUCACAAAGUCCCCGAAAGGUGACUGUUCUGGUUCUACCAACACGACCGUGGAGAUUGUAGGUCCCGAUGGGCAAAAUGGAGAUGAGAAGCAGAACAUUGUAGCACGUAAGAUUGUCAAGAUGACUAAGCAGCCUGCCAAAAAGAAGACACCUCCUUCCAGGGAGAAAAAGGUGACCAGGACUAUAUUGGCUAUUCUCCUGGCCUUCAUCAUUACCUGGACACCAUACAAUGUCAUGGUCCUCAUCAACAGCUUCUGUGCAUCUUGCAUCCCCAACACAGUAUGGACAAUUGGUUACUGGCUGUGCUAUAUCAAUAGUACCAUCAAUCCUGCCUGCUAUGCGCUCUGCAAUGCUACCUUCAAGAAAACCUUUAAGCACCUCCUUAUGUGUCAUUACAAGAACAUAGGAGCUACAAGGUAAAACAGUAAUAAGCGGGGUGUGGGGAAGGGAGAAGGAAGUUCAAAGUUUUAUAAAACUAUGCCACAGCACUUUAUGCUCUAGAAUGAAACCAAGAAGGCUGUAGGACACAUACUGAUGGGUGGAGGGGGGGGACAUGUGCUCCAUCUCCAACAACAACACUUCAGAGAUCACCACUUUUCUGUCAGUGAAUCACUAGGAGGCAGGAAAGGGGGGCAGGCCAGCUGAAGAUAAGAACUUGAGGCAACAUGCCCAGAUCUCUGGUAGUCUCAUGCAGAAGGGCUUUUGAAUCCAUUCUUCUUUGGGGAAGAGUUCUCUUGUGUGAAGCCCAUUUAGUUUUGCUUCAUCUGAAAGGGAUCUGCACAAAAGCACUGACAUUUCAGUAAGAAGAACAACCCCACUGAGGGUUGCGUCUUUGUCAGUUCUUCUGGCCUGGCAGUUGCCAGUUUUGUUUGUCUGUGCGUAUGUUCAUUUGAAAACAGUGGUGGUGGGGAAAUCGUUCAACAAUAUCCUUCCUUUAUGGAAUGCUUCAAUGACUGGAAGAGACACACACAGAACAAUCCAAUCAGCUCAACAGAUUCCAUAAUUUUAAAAAGUGGUGAGAUUUGAUGGAUGUUGCUAUUAAUUAUUUACCUCUCUCCUGUUGCUUGAAUUUGCGUCAGAAAAAUAAUAAU